AUGGCCGAGGGCGAGGAGCUUAUUGAGCUUAGAUUCCGCAUUUAUGAUGGGAUAGAUAUAGCACACGGCACUUACGAGGCGUCUAUGACUGUCUCAACUCUUAAGCAAAAGAUUAUUGCUGAGUGGCCUCAAGGCAAAACAGUCACACCAAAGUCGAUACACGAUUUGAAACUCAUACAUGCUGGUAAAGUUCUGGAAAACAACAAAACCCUGGCUGAUUCCAGAAUAACAGUUGGUGAUCUCCCUUUGGGUGUUAUUACCAUGCACGUGGUAGUGCAGCCUUCUAAAGCAAAACAGAAGACAGGUUCAUCAAGUUCUCUUUCUUGA